GCUGCAGCGCGAAGCGAACUCCAGAAACUUGUUUGGACUUGUAGUAAAGCCCCGUCCAGAUUCAUUUUAUAUAUAGAUUUAUAUAAACCCACACUCUUAAUAAUUAUCACUCUCUGAAACUCAAAGGCUCAAGCUUUGAAUCUCAACAAUGGCGGAAACCACCACCACCACCACCGCACGGCCGCUCAAAAUCAUCGCCGGCGCCGACUCCUUCGGCUGUUCACUCAAAGACGCCUUGGUCUCCCACCUCCGCUCCCUCAACAUCGACGUCGAGGACCUCGGCACCUCCUCCUACUACUCCAUCGCCGCCGACGUCGGCCGCCGCGUCUCCUCCUCCUCCUCCGCCGCCGCCGACACCGAAACCCGCGGACUCGUCGCCUGCGGCACCGGCGUCGGCGUCGCGAUCUUCGCCAACAAGUUCCCCGGAGUCUUCGCCGCCACGUGUCUCUCCCCCUCCGACGCCCUCAACGCCCGGUCCAUCAACAACUCCAACGUCCUCGCCGUCUCCGGCAAGUCCACGGCGCCGGAAUCCGCGAUCGAGAUCCUCGACACGUGGCUCAACACUCCCUUCAAGGCGCCGUGUCCGGCGUCGGAGUCGAAACCUUGGCCGGAAGAGAUAUCUUCUUUUCUUGAUAACUCAAUGAAUGACAUGCCACAAAUUGGAGCUGAUUCUGAUUUGAAGGAGAGUUCUUGCUCUAUCUGCUGUUUGGUGAAGAAUCGGAAUUUGAAUCCGAUUGAUAUAAUUCCGGGCGGAUCAAUGAAGAUAUUGAGGGAGAGUCCCACAUCGGCCAUAGUUAGGUUCAAGGCCGGGAGCGUGGAGCCGGCGCACCACCACACUUUCGGGCACGAUUUGGUUGUGAUGGAGGGGAAGAAGAGUGUGUGGAAUUUAACUAAGAAGGAGAGAUUUGAUCUAGUUGUUGGGGAUUACUUGUUUACUCCAGCUGGGGAUGUGCAUAGAGUCAAGUACUAUGAAGAUACCGAGUUCUUUAUCAAGUGGGAUGGGAAAUGGGAUAUGUUCUUCGAUGAAGAUCUCGAGACUGCGAAGAAGGCUGUUGAUCAAGCACUGGAGAAUGAGGGUAAGUGAGCGAAUGGUGAUUAUGUUUAUGGAUUGUGUGUGUGAUUAAGUAUUUUGGGGCUUGUUUAACUUAAUCUCGAUGCAGUUGGUACUUGCUUGUAUUAUAGUGACUUUGUGUUUGAUAAAUAAAGAUGUUUGCUUGAUGUGUUCAAGCUGUUGUGUAUGCUUUUCUCUGA